ACCUUGUCUCCAUUGGAGAACGCCAUAGAGACCAUGGAGUCCACCAACGAGAAGAUUCUCACCAUGAUCAACCAGUAUCAGGCUGACUGGACCCUUCCCAUCAACCCUCUCUCCAUGCUGCUCAAUGGCAUUGUGGACCCAGCUGUCAUGGGCGGCUUUGCCAAGUAUGAAAAGGCGUUCUUUACCGAAGACUUCACUCAGCAGCACCCGGAGGACAGAGACAAACUGCUGCGGCUUAAGGAACUCAUCGCAUGGCAGAUCCCUUUACUGGGUGGUGGGAUCGCUCUCCAUGGCAAGAGAGUGAUGGAGGCCCUUCGUCCUUUCCACGAGCGCAUGGAGGAGUGUUUCAAACAGCUGAAGAAGAAAGUGCAGAAGGAGUACGGAGUGAGAGAGCUGCCGGACCUGGAUGAGAGGAAGUCCACUCGUCCUCGCUCCAUGCUGCGCUCCCUUCGUCAGUCCAUCAUCUCCAUCUCCUCACUGCAGGGAUCUGAAUGUGGGACUCCAACCAAGCUCCAUGCAGACAGGGACUUCCCCCCCGAGUCCCCCACCUCCGGGAACUUCACCCUGCCGCGCUCCAGUGGCAGCAUGACUGGAAGUAUAUCGGAGGGAUUGGUGACGGUGGGUGAUGCAGAGGUCAAACUGAGGAAGAGUAAGAAGAAGAAGAAGAGGAGCAGCAUGAUCUUCAUCACAGAGGAAAGAGAAAGGAUUCAUACAAUGGAUAACAAACGGCUGUCCAAGAAACAGGAGUUCCGCAGUGACACCAACCUGUGUGAGCCGAAUGAAGGAAGCGUGUCGCUGACUAAUGCCAACUCCAGAUCCCUGCCCGCCAUCACAGGUCUGUCCUUGGCGGUGGUGGCUGGAAUGGAGGAUGUGGACUCUGUCAGAGCAAGGAGGGACAGUAAGAGCAUGUCUGUCUGUGGGACCUCUGACAGAACAGCAGACAGGCGCUCAAAGGGCGUCAUCAACCUCAUCUUCAAGUCCAAGAGCUCCAAAUCAGAGAAGAUGUGAAGCCCGGUGACUCAGCCAGGCAGGGCCAAUCAUUUAUGAAAUGCUUAUUUUUGUAUUUUAUUUUAACUUUACUUAUCUUUACGCUUUUGUUAAAGUAAGUUCACAUAAAUCUGCAAGCAAAACCAAAUGAUGCUCUCACUCAGUCAGUCAGUCAGUCUCUCAGUCUCAGUAUUGCUGUUGCCUUAAUAUAAUUGAUUGUGUCUGUCAAUAAAGACUAUUUUUGUGGUGUGACCUUU